CAUGUAGGCAUCUUUGUUGGGGGAAGCAAGGUUGUGCAUUUUAGACCACAAAGAACCUUAAAUUCAAACACUGACAUACCUCCUGAUUUCUAUGGUUCAAGUUCAAGCAAUCCAUCAUCCUGUCCGGUUUUCCCUGACUGUGGAUUCAAACAGCUGAACAGCGGGGUAGUCCUUUCAUGUCUGGACUGCUUCCUAAGAAAUGGAUCCCUUUACUGCUUUGAUUAUGGGGUCACCCCAUCAGUUUUCCUUUCCAGGGUUAGGGGUGGCACUUGCACCACUGCUACAUCCGACUCGUUCGAUGUCGUUAUUCACCGAGCAAUGUAUCUUCUUCAAAAUGGAUUCGGAAACUACAAUGUUUUCCAAAACAACUGUGAGGAUUUUGCUUUAUAUUGCAAAACAGGCCUUCUGAUUGUAGACAGGCUUGGAGUUGGAAGAAGUGGUCAAGCUUCUUCUGUCAUUGGUGCUCCCUUGGCUGCCAUUCUUUCCUCUCCUUUGAAGCUGCUUAUGCCAAGUCCUGUUGGCAUGGCUGUGAUGACUGCUGGAAUGUACACCAUGAGUCGAUAUGCCACCGACAUUGGCGUUCGAACUGAUGUGAUUAAGGUGGCUGUCGAGGACUUGCCUCUUUUUCUCGAGUCAAUGGGCAGCGAAGAGGAAGACGAAGACGAAGACGAAGACGAAGACGACGAAGAACAAGAACAAACUACCACCAAGAAAAAUGAAGAUUCGAAAAUGCUUGUGGCCAGGUGAUUUCAACUCCUUUUCGUGUUCCAGGGAGCUGCUUCGUAUAGAUUUGAUCCUCGACUCGAAAUUGCUCGGGCUUCUUUCCUUCUUAUAGGUAUGUUAUUUGGUUGCACACUGUUACUUUAACCUGAAUGAACUAGCCUGAUCAUGAAUAUUAAGUAGUCAGCUAUAUCACUGUCAGGAUGUCACAGACUCACAACCAAUAUAUGUCUGUCUCCAU